CACGCCGAGUUAGAUCCUGCGCACCUUUCAGCCAGACGCAUUGGCGGUCUCUGUCACAACGUCGCGGGCGGGGCAAGUUGCCGAGCCUUUCAAAAUAGCUUCCAUGAACUUGUUCGACGGGGUAGCUGGCAGAGAUCCAACGAGUCAGAGCCCAGGGCCAACAGGUAUUCCGAAAUGGAUUUGGACUGCUAAGAAGCUCGGGGAGACGCCACAGACACCGAUGCCAAUGGUGUCUCAGCUGACUAUUCUUACAUCUACAACGACGCUUCGUCGUCAACACUUAUUGGCGGCGUGUCGACUACCUAGCCCGUCUUGUCAGCUCGGUGUGAGCUCGAGCAGCUCGAGGAGAAAAUGCGCGCGCGCCUGCAGCAGCACCAUCUCACAGCACUCGGCACGCGGCCCGCGUCAUGGAGCGUCAAAUGCGUUCGGGUGGGGGCCGUACUGGGUACGCAGGCGGGAGUAUUGGCGGCGUGGACGUUCAAGCGCGUGCCGGCGCGGACCGAGAGGCGCUACUAAUACAUUCCGCCCGGAGCUUGGCCUUUGAGAGCCGCGUGCUGCACCUCGACCGCUUCUGCGCCGUGCUUGUGAGUCUGCACGGCGGCGUCAUGCAGCGUGUGCGCCUGCGCGGCCUCAUCGCCGCCGUCGCCCCUGCCUGGAUUGCGAGCGACGUACCCCUGCCGCUAGGUCGCGCGCACCAAGACUCCGUCGCCAGGCUCGUGGCCGUGUUUAAGGGCGACACGCCCCCGCAGGACGUCUUGGGUGGCAGCAAGGAGCACGAGUUCCGCGAGGUCAUCCUGCGGCUCAUUCACGGCGCCAUGAGGAUGCUGGAGCACACGGGCUACGGGGAGCGAGCCGUGGGUCCGCGCCCUGUCCGCGCCCUGACCGACGCGAAGCUCACGACCUCGUUCGUCUGCGUCGUCAACUCGUGCUUCGAGACGCCCGACACGUGCGUUGCCUACUAUUGGCAGCGCAUCGACCGGGAUGGAAGGAUCGGCGACGAGGGCGGCGGUGCGGCGCAGCUCAAGGUCGGCAAGGCAUACCCGGUCAACUCGCGCAACCUGGGCAUUUUUGCCGACGUGGUUGGCUACGAGACGGUGAAAGAGACGGGAGAAGAACAAAACCAUCUCGUCGCCAAGAGGAAUAAAGUCGGCAGGCUGCUGAAGUAUAUUAUUGACGACCGAGGGACGUUGAGGGAGUCGCCCAACGGGCAGUUGUGUGUCAUGAGCACGGAGAAGGCGUUCGAAACAUGA